GGUACCUCAUACAUUAAACAAAGCAUUCAUCUCAUUCGAGCUUGAAGAGAACACAGAGAUAUUGAGAUAUGUCUGCUCCUUCAGAUUUGCAAAGCUCAGGACUGGAAGUGCCAGGAAGACAAGAAUGGCCAGAACUGGUUGGAGUUAAAGUGAGCGUUGCUGCACUCAUCAUAAAGAGGGAGAAUGCUAAGUUAGAGCCGACUGUGCUAUUAGCAGGAUCUCCAGUGACUUUAGAUUACAGACCAUAUCGAGUUCGGAUUUUUAAGAAUAUAGAGGAUGUGGUGGUUGGGAUUCCUAGAACUGGUUGAAAUGGUAUGAAUAAUCCAUGUUUGAAACCAUGAGGUAUUAAUUAAAUAAGGUUGAAUCUAUUUCUACCACUUACAAUAUGUUUGUACCAUGUGUUUCUGAAUGUUGUAAGAGAUGGCUGAAAUUGAUAUAUUUAAUAUUGUGAUGUGGCUAUGUUUUUUGAAA